AUGGCUACUACUACCACGCGCGGUUCUAGGGAUAGCCCUUACCCUCCUCCUUCGGAAUCCGAGGUGAAGAAGGAGCUCGGCAUGAAGGGCGACACGAUCUCUGGCGGCUCUUCCACCGAGCUCUCGUACCUCAAGUCGCUCGUCUCGCAGCUCAACGAGAAGAUCCACCAGCUUGAGGGCAAGGCUUCGGCGGCUGUCUCUUCCAUCACUGGCUCGACUCCCUCUGGUGUUCGUAUGAUCCUGAUCGGUCCUCCUGGUGCGGGCAAGGGUACGCAAGCGCCCAAGAUCCUGGAGAAGUUCAACAACUGCGUGUGUCACCUGGCGACGGGCGACAUGCUGCGCGAGCAGGUGUCCAAGAAGACCGAGCUCGGUGUGAUGGCCAAGAAGAUCAUGGACCAGGGCGGCCUCGUAUCCGACGAGAUCAUGGUGGGAAUGAUCAAGGACCAGCUCGAGACCAACCCGGCGUGCAAGGGCGGUUUCAUCCUCGACGGUUUCCCCCGCACCACGCCUCAGGCCGAGAAGCUCGACGGCAUGCUGCGCGAGAAGAACCAGAAGCUCGACCACGCCGUCGAGCUCAAGGUGAACGACAACCUUUUGAUUUCGCGCAUCACCGGUCGUCUCGUCCACCCCGCCUCCGGUCGUAGCUACCACAAGGAGUUCAGCCCCCCCAAGAAGCCCAUGACCGACGACAUCACCGGCGAACCUCUGGUUCAGCGCUCCGACGACAACGCCGAGACUUUGAAGAAGCGUCUCGCAACGUAUCACGCCCAAACCGCCGCCGUGACCGACUACUACAGGAAGCAAGGCAUUUGGGCUCCUGUCGACGCAAGCCAGAGCCCCAAGGUCGUCUGGCAGAGCAUCAACGCCAUCUUCGCUAACAAGCCCCAACCCCAACCCACCAAGUGA